AUCAGCCAACAAUCAUCCAUUGAUGUACGUAGGCCUCUCCCAAGGAGCGCCACAACACUCUGUCCUCGGCAUUUCUCAUCCAGCCACUACCGGCUACUUGACUAAGAUCGGUCCAGCAGGUUGGAGGGCGUCCCAUGCUAUGUUUGCUUGUGUCUACCUAUGGUUAUCAGUUCUUAUUACUUAGGUUAUAUCAUCAUUAUAAGGCAAUGCUGGUCAUGUAACUUCAUCCUCAUCCAUUAUCUAUUAUUAUAAAGUGUAAUUACAUGGGUGGUUAAUAAAAUCAUUUUUAAUUUGUUUACAGUGCAGAUAAGAAACUUAAUGAAGCCAAAGCAUUGUAUGAGGCACGAUUCUUGCUUGUGGCUAGAUCUUCAUCUAUUGGGGAAUUUACAUAUGUAAAAGGUUCUUGUAAGAAGACCAUGAAAGCCGUCCAAUAUGAGGUGGAUGUAAAAUUAAAUAAAAAUGGAACGCCAGAGGAAUCACACUGUGAAUGUCCUGCAGGCAGUGGAACAGAAGCCAAAUGCAAACAUGUCGCUGUACUUUUAUAUGGCAUACAACAUAUGGUGGAUAUAAAAAUCAUCUUACUGCAUCAAGUCUGCACCCAAAAACUCCAAACAUUCCAUGUGCCAAAGGCCCCAUUUACAGAUUCUCCUCUAGCCGCAGCAAAGUUACCAAAAAGGAAGCCACACAAAGAAUUCUCUCCAUAUCCCAUAUACAGUUUGGAUAAGAGGAACUAUAAUAAUAAAAUACGGAACCUUAUCAUGAACUACCCAAAUUCAACAAUGCCAAUGAAACAAAUGUAUGAACCAGCUAACCCGCAUGCUGUAACUAUGGAUCAUACAUACAACUCAAGCAAUAUAGAAAAUGAUUUUCUACAUAGUCUAUAUCUAUGUAACGUUACAGAGGACAUGAUUGAAAAAGUAGAGGAAACAACUAGAGGACAAACAAAUAAUCCUGUUUGGCUAGAAGAAAGGAAAAAAAGAAUUACGGCUAGCAAAUUUCAUACAAUAUGCCAUUUAAAAGAUAAAACAAUGCCUAGCUACAGCAAACAAAUGUUAAAUGAAAGGCCAUUCUCAUCACGAGCAACAACCCAUGGACUAAUUAACGAAAAAAUUGCUUUGGAAGAAUACAUGACCAAAUUUGGUUUGAAUGUGGAACCCUGUGGCCUGUUCAUCAGCAAAGACAGGCCCUAUUUAAGUGCCUCGCCAGAUGGUCUUCUUGGUGAUGAAACCGUGAUUGAAAUUAAGUGCCCGUAUGCUGCAAGAAAUGAGGAAAUAUCGCCAACUACAGUGCCUUAUCUUGAAAAUGGAAGGAAAUACACUUGGUAUUAAGAAAGGAACACCAUACCAUUAUCAAAUUCAGGGUCAACUAUACUGCACAAAUAGAUUAUAUUGCAAUUUGAUUGUAUAUACUUACAUGGACAUGAAAGUUAUUUAUA